AUGGAGCGAGGUUUCGCUGGUGUGAGGGAGGACCUCUCCGAGCUCGCGCGCCACCUCCUCGACAUCGCCUGUUUCCUCUCCCCGCUCGUCCGCGCCCCCACCCACGUCGACUCCCCACCGCCCUCCCCCCGCACCCCCUCUCGCGUUCGCGCUGGAGUCCUUUCUGAUGUCGCCGAGAUCAGAGGGGGCCUCCAAAGUGGCUUGUCGCGGCUCUCAGCGCCGGCGGCCGCCUUCAGCAACCCCCCACCGCCGCCAGAUAGGGAACGGGGGUCGAGAGAAUCGAGGACUGGCGGGGUAUCCGAGGAGGUCCUGGAGCUUGUUACGGAUCUCGUGGAGUAUCCCGAGUUGUGGCUGGAGUUUCCGGUGCCUGUGGAUGAUGAUUUUUAUAUGUCUCAUUCUCAAAAAGAGCAUAUAGCAACUGUUGAACGCUUGGUUCCAAGUUUAACAGUUCGUAGGAUCAGCCUUUGUCCAACUCAUAUGAGUGAGGAACGCUUUUGGAAGAUAUACUUUGCACUAUUGCAUCCGAGUCUGAAUAGGAAUGACAUGGAGCACUUAUUGACCCAGCAGAUUGUGGACUCAAUGCAUAUAAAAUUGAAGGAGAUGCAGCAUCGGGUGGAUACUCAGUCCCCGAGCUUUGGGACAGAGAGCUUUCCUUUGAUGAUGAGUAGAGGUAACAUUCAACUAGAGGAUGAUCGAGCUCAAGAGGCCUCAACAAUUGCCAAGACAACAUCUCAGCAUAGCAUUGGUCACUGGUCUGAGGUAGCUGACGAUGUUGGCAAUACCACUGGUGGUGAAAAACAGUCCAGAAUGGAAGAUUUUUCAUUUUGGGAGACAGGUGAUGGUAAUAUUGUUUUGAUGGAGAGAUACAUGGAUCUGCUAUUAGCUGAGGGAGGCCAAGUCAAUUCUAGUUCUUCCUCCGACCAGUGGGAUCAAUCGAGAAAACCCAUUCCAGGGGAUGAUCAUCACAAGGCAGUCCAUUGCACGCCUCAAGUUAAAAUAUUGUUUGAUGAGGAAUCAGAUGAUUGGCAUGCUGUUGAUGAUUUUGACUUUGAAGUGGUUGGGAGGCCUUCCGUUGGCAAAAUCAUGUAAAUUUUAUUUUUAUUUUUAUUUUUUUUAAUCAUCAUAUGCCAGUCUUUUAUGUUUUGCUUGAUCCUUAAAUCAAGCUAUUUGAACUCUCUAGAUCUUUCUCACAAGCUGUCAUAAGGUCAUUGUGUCCUUUUAAGUGCUUUUGCAGUUUAAAAUCAAAAUGUGCUGCAACUAAAAUAUCACCAGGGCUUACA